GAAUCCUGAAGCCUGGGGCUGCUCGGAAGGCUGCGGCUUCGCGGGGCCCGACUGGCCGAGCCGAGCGAGGGACAUGGUCUCUGCCGCCCCCUUCGUCCGCUGAGGAGAGGCCGCCCUGGCAGGGUGGCAGGCCAGCCAGCGCGCGGGGCGCCGGCCAGAAGGGGUGCACUGUCGUCUUGUCCUGCAGCUGAAUGUCCGUCCCAGAGGAUGAGGAGAGGCUUUUGCCGCUCACCCAGAGAUGGCCCCGAGCGAGCAAGUUCCUACUGUCUGGCUGCGCGGCUACCGUGGCCGAGCUAGCUACCUUUCCCCUCGAUCUCACAAAAACUCGACUCCAAAUGCAAGGAGAAGCUGCCCUUGCUCGGUUGGGAGACAGUGCAAGAGAAUCUACUCCGUAUAGGGGCAUGGUGCGCACAGCCCUAGGCAUCGUUCAAGAGGAAGGCUUUCUAAAGCUUUGGCAAGGAGUGACGCCCGCCAUUUACAGACACGUAGUGUACUCUGGAGGUCGAAUGGUCACAUAUGAACACCUCCGUGAAGUUGUGUUUGGCAAAAGUGAAGAUAAGCAUUAUCCCCUUUGGAAAUCGGUGAUUGGAGGGAUGAUGGCUGGUGUAGUUGGCCAGUUUUUAGCCAACCCAACUGAUCUAGUGAAGGUUCAGAUGCAAAUGGAAGGAAAAAGGAAACUCGAAGGAAAACCCCUGCGAUUUCGUGGUGUGCAUCAUGCAUUUGCAAAAAUCUUAGCUGAAGGAGGAAUACGUGGGCUUUGGGCAGGCUGGGUACCCAACAUACAACGGGCAGCACUGGUGAAUAUGGGAGAUUUAACCACAUAUGAUACAGUGAAACACUACUUGGUAUUGAAUACACCACUUGAAGACAAUAUCAUGACUCACGGUUUAUCUAGUUUCUGUUCUGGACUGGUAGCUUCUAUUCUGGGAACACCAGCUGAUGUCAUCAAAAGCCGAAUAAUGAAUCAACCACGAGAUAAGCAAGGAAGGGGGCUUUUGUAUAAAUCAUCUACUGACUGCUUGGUUCAGGCUGUUCAAGGAGAAGGAUUCAUGAGCCUCUAUAAAGGCUUUUUACCAUCUUGGCUGAGAAUGACCCCUUGGUCACUGGUGUUCUGGCUUACUUAUGAAAAAAUCAGAGAAAUGAGUGGAGUCAGUCCGUUUUAAGCCCUUAAAGAUACAGUGUUCAGUAUCACUGAAAUCUGGGCAUCUGCAACACACCCCCCCUAUUGUUUCUACCUCUUUAGGAAGACACCUUACUCUUCAGUGACUGUGAUUUAUAGGGGGCAGCACUUUAUUUUUCUCUGGAAACCCAAGUUCUCUUUGACUCCUCUUUUCGUUCAAGAGCAAUCUGAUUGAAUGACACAUGGCCACCCAAUGAGACCUAGGAGAGCACUUUCUGCAGAAGAAUGCAAUCACGGCCACUUACCCUGGGAGAUCUGACGUUUGAGAUGUUAUUCUGUGCUGAAGAGCCUACUUAGAGAAGUGCCAGAAGGGAGACAGCAUCUCAGACCUGAAGUAGACAAUAGGAAUGGGGAAGGAUAUGUACAGACACAGUGACUAAGAAAUAUAUUGAAUCUGUUAUGUCAGUAUUUCCAGUUGACAUUUGAUAAUUCACUUUUUUGUUGUGAAAGUGCAAAUACUGUAAAGAGAGGUGAAUGAAAAAUCAUGAAUAAACACUUUGAAUUUCCCUAGUGUUGAAGGAAGUUAAUGUACCAUUUCUUGCCAGGAAGAUUGAAAAGAAAUCAAGUUGGGCUGAUGUUUGGAUUUGAAGGAGAGAAGCUGCUUUCUGUCAGCACCGCAUUGUUAGUUAGAUCUGCGUUAAUUGGUCAGCGCACCACCCACAGGCUAAGAACUUGCUGACAGCAACAGACUCUGAACCUUGAUGAAAGCAGAGUAUUUACUUUGUUACAUAUCCCUUCACAACUUGGAUUUGUUUCUCAAGAAACUUCAAUAUAUUAAAAUCCAGCUUCAUUUGCUGAAAGUGCAGGUGGAUAGAUCUUUUUUUAUAAAGCAACUUCUUAUCAAAGCCUUUUAGUAGCAUUUUAAAAACAAGGGUGAGGUUAAGUCAGCCAAUUCUGAGAUGCAUCCUUUCCCCUCUCCCCCUCCUUCCCUAACACUAAGGACCCUGUAAAGAGAGAGAGAACUCACAAAUCAUACUGAAGCUGUCUCUAGCCUGAAACUCAGUUUGACAAAGAAGCGAUAAGUAUAAACUGCCUAUGGCAUAGUUAUGUUUCCCUCCAAUCCCUGAAUCACAUUCAUUUUCUAAUUUCAGAAAGAUGAGAGAUUUCAUAAGAUUCACCCAUGUUCUACCUGCUCCCCCAACAUCAGACAGUAGGCAUUUCUGGAUGAAUGGCUACUGUUACAGGUAGAGGCUGUAACUGUUAAAAUAGGAGAACUCAGAAAGCUCAGACCCAAGAAAGACCUUGAGGCUGACCAAACAGUUGUUAUCAUGGAAUGGAUAUUGUUGAACAAAAGAGCUUACAAGUGCUCUGUGGUCGCACUAAUGCAUAAUCACUGCCAUUUAAGAGGGGAAAUGUACUUUAAAAUAUAUUUUAAUGUUAUGUAAUUUGCAGUUGCUUAUUGUUUUUCUGUACAGUUUGCAUGAAAUCUUUAGUUGGUCUAGUUUCCCAUUGCAUUUGUCAAUCUGUAUGAAUUGAGUGUUAAAUACAUUUAAAAUAAUAUUAUGUAGUUAAAUUCCCAAGUGUUCUGCAUUAGAACAACUUGGGGAACGUUUUGUUUUUUUAUGUUUUAUAAUGUUUAAAAUUAAGUAAAGACUGGAUCAAAACUAUAUGCAAAUUGGAGCAUAAAAAUUAUUUAGCUUUAUUCUUGAGGGACUUGGGGGUGAAAACAUUGCUUAAGUACUGAGACUCAUUCUUCGUAACUGCAUUCAACAGGAAUAAUUGGAAUUUUUUAACCUGAAAUUACUCCCUGGGAUCAUCUGGUUUAACCCUUUCAUGUUACAUGUUAGGAAACUAAGGCCCAGAGAAAUAGAGUUGUUCAUGCUUAUAAAUGACUUAGUAACAGUGCCAGGAUAAAAAUACAAAUCUAAUUACAACUAACAGUUAUCAUACAGAUUUUGACGUAUGGCUUUUUUUGUCUUGUACAUGUUAAAUUAAUUUGAAUUUCCUUUAACAUAACUUUUAGAGUGGAGUCACCAUGCUUUAGCCUGAUCGUUAAUACUUUCCAUACUUUGACCAAAUCCUAUAUAUGCAACACACAUGUCCCAUCACGUUCAUACUUUUCCAAUGAAAUCAUAUUCAUUAAUGUCUUUUGGAACUUUGUUUCACUUUUACCAACUGGAAAUCAUCUUGCUCCUCUCCAAAAUAAUUAACAGUAAAUAAAAAGGAAUAACAAUUUCAGUCAUUUUGUGUCCAGACUGAAAGACUUAACGAUUUCAAUCUCACUUUCUUAUUAU